AUGCUCUCUUUUUCAUUGACAGUUUUUCUUCUUUUCGUUCCGACUUCUUUUGCAAGGAAGUUCUUUAAUUUUCCCUUCUUUCUUUCUUUCUUUCUUUCUUUAUCUCCUUAUGCCAUUCUUCCGUAUAUAUAUUUAUCAGUCAAUAUUUCUUCCUUCCUAACUUCCUUCUUUUUUUCUUCCUUUCUUUCUUUCCUUAUGCCAUUCUUGCGUAUAUAUUUAUCAGUCAAUAUUUCUUCCUUUCUUCUUUUUCUUUCUUUCUUUUUUCUUUCUUUCUUUCUCUUCUUCUGCCAUUCUUGCGUAUAUAUAUUUAUCAGACUAUAUCCCUCCUUCCUUCCUUCCUUCCUUCCUUCCUUCCUUCCUUCCUUCCUUCCUUCUUCUCAUCUUAUGCCAUUCUUGCGUAUAUAUUUAUCAGUCAAUAUUUCUUCCUUCUUUCCUUUCUUCUUUUUCUUUCUUUCUUUCUUUCUUUCUUUCUUUCUUUAUGCCAUUCUUGCGUAUAUAUAUUUAUCAGUCAAUAUUUCUUCCUUCCUUCCUUCUUUCUUUCUUUCUUUCCUUAUGCCAUUCUUGCGUAUAUAUUUAUCAGUCAAUAUUUCUUCCUUCUUUCCUUUCUUCUUUUUUCUUUCUUUCUUUCUUUCUUUCUUUCUUUCUUUUUUAUGCCAUUCUUGCGUAUAUAUAUUUAUCAGUCAAUAUUUCUUCCUUCCUUCCUUCUUUCUUUCUUUUCUUUUUUUAUGCCAUUCUUGCGUAUAUAUUUAUCAGUCAAUAUUUCUUCCUUCUUUCCUUUCUUCUUUUUCUUUCUUUCUUUCUUUCUUUCUUUCUUUCUUUCUUUCUUUCUUUCUGCCAUUCUUGCGUAUAUAUAUUUAUCAGUCAAUAUUUCUUCCUUCCUUCCUUCUUUCUUUCUUUCUUUCUUUAUGCCAUUCUUGCGUAUAUAUUUAUCAGUCAAUAUUUCUUCCUACUUUCCUUUCUUCUUUUUCUUUCUUUCUUUCUUUCUUUCUUUCUUUCUUUCUUUCUUUCUUUAUGCCAUUCUUGCGUAUAUAUAUUUAUCAGUCAAUAUUUCUUCCUUCCUUCCUUCUUUCUUUCUUUCUUUCUUUAUGCCAUUCUUGCGUAUAUAUUUAUCAGUCAAUAUUUCUUCCUUCUUUCCUUUCUUCUUUUUCUUUCUUUCUUUCUUUCUUUCUUUCUUUCUUUCUUUCUUUAUGCCAUUCUUGCGUAUAUAUAUUUAUCAGUCAAUAUUUCUUCCUUCCUUCCUUCUUUUUUCUUUCUUUUUUUUAUGCCAUUCUUGCGUAUAUAUUUAUCAGUCAAUAUUUCUUCCUUCUUUCCUUUUUCUUCUUUUCUUUCUUUCUUUCUUUCUUUCUUUCUUUCUUUCUUUCUUUUUUAUGCCAUUCUUGCGUAUAUAUAUUUAUCAGUCAAUAUUUCUUCCUUCCUUCUUUCUUUCUUUCUUUCUUUAUGCCAUUCUUGCGUAUAUAUUUAUCAGUCAAUAUUUCUUCCUUCUUUCCUUUCUUCUUUUUUUUCUUUCUUUCUUUCUUUCUUUUUUCUUUCUUUCUUUCUUUAUGCCAUUCUUGCGUAUAUAUAUUUAUCAGUCAAUAUUUCUUCCUUCCUUCCUUCUUUCUUUCUUUCUUUCUUUUAUGCCAUUCUUGCGUAUAUAUUUAUCAGUCAAUAUUUCUUCCUUCUUUCCUUUCUUCUUUUCUUUCUUUCUUUCUUUCUUUCUUUCUUUCUUUAUGCCAUUCUUGCGUAUAUAUAUUUAUCAGUCAAUAUUUCUUCCUUCCUUCCUUCCUUCUUUCUUUCUUUCUUUCUUUAUGCCAUACUUGCGUAUAUAUUUAUCAGUCAAUAUUUCUUCCUUCUUUCCUUUCUUCUUUUUCUUUCUUUCUUUCUUUCUUUCUUUCUUUCUUUCUUUCUCGUCUUAUGUCAUUCUUGUGUAUAUAUGUAUCAGUCAAUAUUUCUUCUUUCUUUCUUUCUUUCUUUCUUUAUUUAUUUAUUUAUUUAUCUAUUUAUUUAUAUCAUUCUUAUCUAUAUAUUUAUAAGUCAAUAUUUUUUUUCUUUUUUCCUUUCUUAUUUUCUUUCUUUCUUUCUUUUCUUAUAUGCUAUCAUUCCUCCAUUUCAUUUUAUCUUUUAUUCCCUCCAGUUAUUAAUUUUAUUCUUUCGUUUAUUUUUCCAGUAUUGACUUCUUAUUAG